GGCGCGCGGGUGGAGGGCGCUGUUGGUGCCGGAGAUGGGAGGCUUCUGGGGACAAGGGGGCGAUGGUCCCGGGGUCCUAGGGUGCUCCUCGGCCGCUCCAGGGAGGGCUCCGCGUCCUCUGGGAGGGGAGAGGCCGGAGGGCGCGGACGUCCGUCGGGGCUGAGCAGCCCGCGCUACUCGACACGUGGGGUCCCCGCGGCCGAGCGCCGUCAGCCCCCGCCCGCGCGCGUCGCCCUUCUUGGAGGGGGCAUUGAGCCCGAAAGGGCGUCUCGUCCCCAGCAGCUCCCAAUACCCACCCUCCUGUGGCGGCAGCUGGAAUGGGGAACGCGAGCCCCGAGGAUGAUGACAGGAAGGUUCGAAGGAGAGAGAAAAACCGAGUUGCUGCUCAGAGAAGUCGGAAGAAGCAGACCCAGAAGGCUGACAAACUCCACGAGGAAUACGAGUGCCUGGAGCAGGAGAAUGCCCUGCUGCGGCGGGAGAUCGGGAAGCUGACUGAGGAGCUGAGGCACCUGAGCGAGGCACUGAAGGCGCACGAGAAGAUGUGCCCGCUGCUGCUGUGCCCCGUGAACUUUGUGCCCAUGCCCCGGCCUGAUGCUGUGGCUGGCUGCCUGCCACCCUGAAGGCCCAGGACCGAGGCUGGGACCUCUUCUUCCCCCAGAGGAAGCACAUCUGGCCGCAUCUGCAUGUGGGGGACCAGAGGGCGGACCAGGUGCGUUGCAAUCUGCAGCCCCGCUCAGGACAUGCUCCUAGGAACCUGACUCAGCCCUGGGAGGAGACACUGCAGGAGACUGCCCACAGCAGUCGCUUCCCAUCAUCCCCUUUGGCAGCUACUGGGUUCUGCCACCGUGCAGAAUCCUUUCCUCUGGAAUUUGCAGAAUAAAUAUGGUUCUUG